AUUUUAAAGCAUGCAGUUUGCUGCUAUUCAAUACAUUUGUAGUGCAUUUGUAGUAUUGUGCAGCCUCUCAUCUGUCUAGUUCCAGAACAUUUCUACUAUUCCCAAGUAAAAACCUUGAUGAACAGUUUUUCCAUGUUCCCGUCUUUCCAGCCCUAUCAGUCUGCUUUUUACCUCUAUGGAUUAAUCUGCUCUGGAUAUUUCAUAGAAAUGGAAUCAUGCUUUAUCUGUUUUUUUACUACAUGGUGUAAUAUUCCAGGCUGGGCUGAGAGAUCCUCCUGCCUCAGCCUCUGAGUGCUGGGAUUUUGGGCAUGCGCCAUCAUGCCCAACCUGUUUCCACCUUUGACUACUGCGAUUGUGGCUGCUGUGAAUGUGUGUCUGUGUGUUUGAGUACCUGUUUUCAAUUUCUUGGAAAAUGUUCAGAGUUGCGGGGGGUGUGCCUAGCGGUGGUGUUGCUGGUCACAGGAUAUGCGACACUGUUUUCACAGUGGCGCGACCUUUACAUUCCUCCUGGGGUCACGGGAGUCCUAGCCUGGAGGUAUUAUUUCCUGUGACUCUGGCUUUAGCCAUCCUAGUGUGUUUGCCUCAGUUUACAACCCUCACAUUAGCCUAGCCACUUGGCCUCUGUCAUCCUGCCCCCCCCCACCACUCGUUGAAUUGGGGUCUGGGCUCUGCUCCUUCUUUGGUCACUGACUGGCUGUGUGGCUUGGGGUCUUUUGCUUUUCUCAUCUGAGGCUCAGAGGGGAAGAAUAUCUUACACACACACACACACACACACACACACACACACACACACAUAUACACACACACUGGCAUGCAGAAAUACUGUGGAGAUGUGAACUGGGACCUGGGCUGGCGGGUUGCAAAUGCUCCUGCUUCCCAGCUGCGCAGAGGCAGUGCACCCCCUCCUAGCCUCAGGUUCCUCAUCCGUGAAAUGAGCCGGAUACCAGCACCUUGCAAGGAAGGUGUAAGGAUGCCCGUGGACCUGCGUCUGGCAGCCCCCAGCAGAGGAUCUUAAGUGUCGGAGCUUUGCCUCCGUGUUCUCAAGCCGCACUUCCCGGAAGUUGGCCUCGCACGCGGGGGACGAGGAUGCCAUGGCCGACGGCAAGGAUGAUCGGAACCCCACAGAGGUGCAGAUGAGCCAGGUGGUGCUGCCUUGCCACACCAACCAGCGUGGCGAGCUGAGCAUUGGGCAGCUGCUCAAGUGGAUCGAUACCACAGCCUGCCUGUCUGCGGAGAGGCAUGCGGGCUGCCCCUGUGUCACAGCCUCCAUGGACGACAUCUAUUUUGAGCACACUAUUAGUGUCGGACAAGUGGUGAAUAUCAAGGCCAAGGUGAACCGGGCCUUCAACUCCAGCAUGGAGGUGGGCAUCCAGGUGGCCUCCGAGGACCUGUGCUCUGAGAAGCAGUGGACUGUGUGCAAGGCCCUGGCCACCUUUGUGGCCCACCAGCAGCUGUCCAAGGUGAAGCUGAAGCAGAUCACCCCGCGGACAGAGGAGGAGAAGAUGGAGCACAGUGUGGCUGCGGAGCGCCGGCGCAUGCGGCUGGUCUAUGCGGACACCAUCAAGGACCUCCUGGCCAGCUGCACCGUUAAGGACGACCCCGAGAGCAAGGACUGCAGCCGCACGGUGCCGGCCGAGAAGACCCGCGUGGAGAGUGUGGAGCUGGUCUUGCCGCCCCACGCCAAUCACCAGGGCAACACCUUCGGGGGCCAGAUCAUGGCCUGGAUGGAGAAUGUGGCCACCAUUGCAGCCAGCCGCCUCUGCCGGGCCCACCCCACACUGAAGGCCAUCGAGAUGUUCCAGUUCCGGGGCCCGUCUCAAGUCGGGGACCGUCUGGUGCUCAAGGCCAUCGUGAACAAUGCCUUCAAGCACAGCAUGGAGGUGGGUGUGUGCGUGGAGGCCUAUCGCCAGGAGGCCGAGCCCCGCUGGCGCCACAUCAACAGUGCCUUCAUGACUUUCGUGGUCCUGGAUGCAGAUGACCAGCCCCAGAAGCUUCCCUGGAUCCAGCCGCAGCCGGGGGACGGUGAGCGGCGCUACCGAGAAGCCCAAGCCAGAAAGAAGAUUCGGCUGGACAGGAAGUACAUCGUGUCCUGUAAGCAGACGGAGGUGCCCCUCUCUGUCCCCUGGGACCCUAGCAACCAGGUGUACCUGAGCUACAACAACGUGUCCGCCCUGAAGGUGCUGGUGGCCAAGGACAACUGGGUGCUGUCCUCAGAGAUCAGCCAGGUUCACCUGUACACCCUGGAGGACGACAAGUUCCUCUCCUUCCACCUGGAGAUGCUGGUGCAUGUGGACGCCGCCCAGGCCUUCCUGCUGCUCUCGGACCUGCGGCGGAGGCCGGAGUGGGACAGGCACUACCGGAGCGCAGAGCUUGUGCAGCAGGUGGACGAGGACGAUGCCAUCUACCACGUCAUCAGCCCUGGCCUCGGCAGUGAUGCCAAACCCCAGGACUUCGUGAUCCUGGCCUCGAGGCGGAAGCCUUGUGACAAUGGAGACCCCUAUAUCAUCGCGCUGAGAUCGGUCACUCUGCCCACGCACCCUGAGACACCGGAGUACCGCCGCGGGGAGACGCUGUGCUCAGGCUUCUGCCUGUGGCGAGAGGGGGACCAGCUGACCAAGGUGUCCUACUACAACCAGGCCACCCCUGGCUUUCUCAACUAUGUGACCUCCAAUGUGGCCGGCCUGUCCUCGGAAUUCUACUCUACCUUCAAGGCGUGCGAGCACUUCCUCCUGGACAACCGGAACGACCUCGCCCCUAGCCUGCAGACACUCUAGGGGCCCAGCCCCUGCU